ACGUCGACGAUGGGUUUGAUGAAGAGAUCAGCAAUCAGAAUGGCGAUAAAACCGGUCUUGAUCGCGUGGGCGUGAAGAUUACGGCGUCUUCGUUGUACAUUCUUCAGGGCAUCGUCGAGUACACGGCGCUGAUGCAAGUAAUGCGGCCGAGCGUGCCGGUGAUUUUCAACGGUAUCUGUCAACUCUUCGAGCUCGCACUAGUGAAAACUUUUAACGCUUUCGGGCGAACGGAAGCUUUGCUUCCCGAAUCGCACGACAUGACGCCGCGGCUGCGAGGUACGUUGUCUAGACUCGGGAACUCGGGUGGCGCCAUGGCGAUUCGACCUACGAUUCGGGGACAAGGGGACGUAGACAUCUUGUCCAGCGGUAAUUUGUACGGUUUGAAGGAGCGCGGCAUCGCGCUCGAGUCGCUCUCGCGCGUCGCCGAUGAGUUCAAGCGCAUCAAGGCGCGUGUGAAACGCUCGCUCCCGCUCAAAGACGCCGCGCUGGCGGAUCGCUUUUACUCGCACACCGUCGCUGCGGUGGACGAUUUGCGCGAGCACGUGUACAAGAACGUUGCUUCAUUAUUGCUCAACAUUGAAUUUUGCGCAGAAGCGAUCGGAGACGGCGAUCCAAACUUUGCGUUGGUGAACUCUACGUUCGUGGGCAAGUACAACAUUCGCGAGACGCCGUCGAGGCACAACAAGUGGGUGGACGACGUCCAGGCCGAACUCUUACAGUUCACCACCAAACUCGCCUGCGCCGACGUCGCACCUGAAGCUCUGGAUGUUCUGUGGCAGCACGCCGCGAGUGUGAUCCAAGACUCUCUCGUCGAUGGUUUCAGCAAGGUGAAAAAAUGCACCGACGCCGGCAGAGCGCUCAUGGCGCUCGACGUCGAAACCCUGCGCGGCGAAUUCGCGAAACUCGCCCCGUCCCAGUCCCUUGCCUUCGACUGGCGCUACGUCAGCACCUACAUCAACGCCUUCUACGUCCCAGAAAAAGACGUCGAGAAAUGGAUGCAAAUCCAUCCCGAGUUUUCCAAAAAACAAAAGCUCGCCUUGGUCGCCCACAACGCCUCGGCGGAUCGCGACAGGCGCUGGACCGCGAAAUUCCGCCAAGACUUGCUCAACGCCAUCGAAACCGACACGUUACUCUAG